AUGUCACGUUACCGAGGGCCUCGUUUCAAAAAAAUACGCCGUCUGGGGGCUUUACCGGGACUAACUAGUAAAAGGCCUAGAGCCGGAAGCGAUCUUAGAAACCAAUCGCGCCCCGGUAAAAAAUCUCAAUACCGUAUUCGUUUAGAAGAAAAACAAAAAUUGCGUUUUCAUUAUGGCCUUACAGAACGACAAUUACUUAAAUACGUUCGUAUUGCCAGAAAAGCCAAAGGGUCAACAGGUCAGGUUUUACUACAAUUACUUGAAAUGCGGUUGGAUAACAUCCUUUUUCGAUUGGGUAUGGCUUCGACUAUUCCUCAAGCCCGUCAAUUAGUUAACCAUAGACAUAUUUUAGUUAAUGGGCGUACAGUAGAUAUACCAAGUUAUCGCUGCAAACCCCGAGAUAUUAUUUCAGCGAGGGAUGAACAAAAAUCUAGAACUCUGAUUCAAAAUUAUCUUGAUUCAUCCACCAAUGAGGAAUUACCAAAACAUUUGACCUUUCACACAUUACAAUAUAAAGGAUUAGUCAAUCAAAUAAUAGAUAGGAAAUGGGUUGGUUUGAAAAUAAAUGAAUUGCUUGUCGUAGAAUAUUAUUCUCGUCAGACUUAA